AUGGAGUUCCGCCAGGAGGAGUUUCGAAAGCUGGCGGGUCGUGCCCUGGGGAGGCUGCACCGCCUUCUGGAGAAGCGGCAGGAAGGUGCGGAGACCUUGGAGCUGAGUGCUGAGGGGCGCCCAGUGACAACGCAAACCCGGGACCCGCCGGUGGUGGACUGCACCUGUUUCGGCCUCCCUCGCCGCUACAUUAUCGCCAUCAUGAGCGGCCUGGGCUUCUGCAUCAGCUUUGGCAUCCGCUGCAACCUGGGCGUGGCCAUUGUCUCCAUGGUCAACAACAGCACGACCCACCGCGGGGGCCACGUGGUGGUGCAGACCACGCCCCUUCAAAAAACCCACCGUCAGAUAGCCACGCCCACUGGCUUUGAUGUGCCUUUUGGCCCGCAGAAAGCCCAGUUCAACUGGGAUCCAGAGACUGUCGGCCUCAUACACGGCUCCUUUUUCUGGGGCUACAUUGUCACUCAGAUUCCUGGAGGAUUUAUCUGCCAAAAAUUCGCAGCCAACAGGGUUUUUGGCUUUGCCAUUGUGGCUACCUCCACGCUAAACAUGCUGAUUCCUUCUGCUGCCCGUGUCCAUUAUGGCUGCGUAAUCUUUGUGAGGAUCCUGCAGGGACUGGUAGAGGGAGUCACAUACCCUGCCUGCCACGGGAUAUGGAGCAAAUGGGCCCCGCCCCUGGAAAGGAGUCGCUUGGCGACCACUGCCUUUUGCGGUUCCUAUGCCGGGGCAGUGGUCGCGAUGCCCCUCGCUGGGGUUCUGGUGCAGUAUUCAGGAUGGAGUUCUGUUUUCUAUGUCUAUGGCAGCUUCGGGAUCUUCUGGUAUCUGUUCUGGUUGCUUGUCUCCUACGAGUCCCCUGCCCUGCACCCCAGCAUCUCAGAAGAGGAGCGCAAGUACAUUGAAGAUGCCAUCGGGGAGAGCGCCAAACUCAUGAACCCCGUCACGAAAUUUAACACCCCCUGGAGGCGCUUCUUCACGUCCAUGCCAGUCUAUGCCAUCAUCGUGGCCAAUUUCUGCCGCAGCUGGACGUUCUACCUGCUCCUCAUCUCCCAGCCUGCCUACUUUGAGGAAGUGUUCGGCUUCGAGAUCAGCAAGGUGGGCUUGGUGUCGGCCCUGCCCCACCUGGUCAUGACCAUCAUCGUCCCCAUCGGGGGGCAGAUCGCAGACUUCCUGCGGAGCCGCCGCAUCAUGUCCACCACCAACGUGCGCAAGCUAAUGAACUGCGGCGGCUUCGGCAUGGAAGCCACCCUGCUGCUGGUGGUCGGGUACUCGCACUCCAAGGGCGUGGCCAUUUCCUUCCUGGUCCUCGCGGUGGGCUUCAGCGGCUUUGCCAUCUCUGGGUUCAACGUCAACCACCUGGACAUCGCCCCGCGCUACGCCAGCAUCCUCAUGGGCAUCUCCAACGGCGUGGGCACCUUGUCCGGCAUGGUGUGCCCCAUCAUCGUGGGUGCCAUGACUAAGCACAAGACUCGGGAGGAGUGGCAGUAUGUGUUCCUAAUUGCCUCCCUGGUGCAUUAUGGGGGUGUCAUCUUCUAUGGCGUCUUUGCUUCUGGAGAAAAGCAGCCAUGGGCAGAGCCGGAGGAGAUGAGUGAAGAGAAAUGUGGCUUUGUUGGUCACGACCAACUGGCCGCCAGUGACGAAAGUGACAUGGAAGAUGAUGUUGAGCCCCCGGGGGCACCCCCAGCUCCCCCUCCUUCUUAUGGGGCCACACACAGCACAGUUCAGCCCCCAAGGCCCCCACCCCCUGUCCGGGACUACUGACCAGGUGCCUCCCACUGAAUGGCAGUUUCCAGGACCUUCACUCCACACAUCUCUGGCCUGAAUGGUGGUGUCAAGGAACCCCAUUCCUCUCUGUCCAGCUUCAGGCCCAGUUCCCAGUGCAGUCAAAUCCUCAAAUCCUCUUCCUUUCCCCACAGCCUCUCAGGGGUGGUGAAGCUGCAGACUGGCAGUUUCAAGGAUACCCAUGUUCCCCUAAGGUUGCUCUUCUUCACUUGUUCUGCCUCAGUGGUUCCAAAUGUUUCCUUUCAGGGCUUUAUUUGAAUGGACACUUCAACCUCUUACUCCUUCGUGGUUUUGAGGCACCUCCCCUUUUCCUUGGACACCCCCACCCCCCAGAUUUCAGGCUAAUCCUU